UGUUAAUUUGCUUUUACGCGACGAUUAGCAAUGUUUUGAUGCUAGCGUUCAAUGCUCAGGUCUGACAUAUUCUGUCCUAACCUCAGAUGACAUGCUGAUGUCACGUGGAAUCAAUAUAUGUGCCACUUUACUGAUAAAAGAUUUCUCAUCUUGCGGUCGCAGAUACAGCAACCGAGCCUACGGUGUGUUCUGUGGUAGACCCUUCGUCAAACUUUAACGGCCACUACAACCAAAGAUGACGUUCGUCGCCAAAAAACACCCUCACGUGCGAUACAACCCACUGAAGGAUGAAUGGGUCCUCGUGUCGCCACAAAGAACGCUUCGUCCGUGGCAGGGUAAAACCGAGAACACUACCGACCUGUCGAACGCACGUGCGCUGGAUCCAAGCAACCCACUCUGUCCGGGAGCCAGAAGAGCUAAUGGCGAAGUCAAUCCAAUGUAUGAAUCUACAUUUACAUUCAGAAACGACUUCCCAGCUCUCCUGGAAGACGCCCCAAGUCCUGAAUCCGAGGAGAAUGCUGACGAAUCUGGCCUCUUCCGUAUGGCCGAGGCCAGAGGCACUUGCCGAGUGAUGUGCUUCCAUCCAUGCUCCAACGUGACAUUGCCUCUUAUGAGUCAAUCUGAAGUGGAGACCGUGAUCGAUGAGUGGGCUCUACAGACCGAGCAGCUAGGCCAGACUUAUACAUGGGUUCAGGUCUUCGAAAAUAAGGGUGCAAUUAUGGGCUGCUCCAACCCUCAUCCGCACUGCCAGAUCUGGGCAAGUUCAUUUUUGCCCAAUGAACCGAGACUGAAGGACAAAUCUCAGAGGGCUUACUUUGAAAAGACUGGGAAACCUCUUCUCAUCGACUAUGUGUCCAGAGAACUGAAAAAGAAUGAACGUGUGGUCCUGGUGUCUGACCACUGGGUCGCCCUGGUGCCUUUUUGGGCUGUCUGGCCAUACGAGACCAUGCUUGUGCCUAAGCGUCAUGUGACGAGGCUGUAUGAACUGAAUGCUGCAGAAAAAUCAGAUUUGGCGAGCAUCAUGAGAAAGCUGCUUACAAAGUAUGACAACCUGUUCAGCACCUCAUUCCCAUACUCCAUGGGUUGGCAUGGUGCACCUACUGGCGAAUAUUUGAACCAGGAUGUGUUGCACUGGCAGCUGCAUGCCACCUACUUGCCUCCGCUGCUUCGGUCAGCUACUGUGCAGAAGUUUAUGGUUGGUUACGAGAUGCUCGCUCAGCCUCAGAGGGAUCUGACACCAGAGCAAGCUGCCGACACACUACGUGCCCUGUCCGAGGUUCACUACACACAAAGCUCCCAGGCUGACAAGUGACAAAGAUGGUUUCGCUUCAGCUAGUCCUCUAUUUUUUACACUUUUGGCAGACCAACGUGCUUCUUCUUAUAUACUCGUACUACAUAUAUAUAUUUCUUCAUUAUGCAACUGUUAUAGCAAGCCCGGAAACCUUGAAAGGCACCAAACUUCGUUAACAAAUUGCAAUUCAACAUUUUCUAGCAUAAUGCAUACUAGUACCACUCAUGCAAUAUUGUACAGUGCCUUUUACUCAUGGCGCCAAAGGUAAUUUAAACAAUUUCAAGCAUGUGGCAGAACUAUACUCAGUUUGCCAUUUUUAACAAACAUUUAUUGUGCAUAUAAGGCAGGGGGGAGCAAAACGUAUGCGGGAUCUGUGAAUUAGUCUGUGGUCUCAGUAUUAGCUUCCAACCAUUAAAACAAUAGAAUACUCGGACGUUAUUGCACACACAAGAACAUGUAACCAGUUCUAUAUCCAGUCUGCACGCCCAGGCUGAAGAAAUUAAUGCUAUUCUUCCUCGGAUCCCACUGCCUGCAAAUAUUUUGACCCCACCUGUAUGUAGCAUCAACAUUGCAGGAUGAAAGAAGAGUCACAGUUGAAACUCGAUUUAACGAAGUGAUCGGGGCGCUCAAAUUAUUUAGUUAAAUCACGAAGUUUGUAAAAUCACGGAACAGAUUUUUCGGUCCUUUGAAAUCCAAAAAUGUAAUGUAGCGUCACCCGAAAGCUGCCACAGCAUUUUAUUUACCACUAAUAGACGCCUGUGCGUGUGAAAAGUCCGCGAGGGCAGCCCAAGCAUGAAUUCCGGCCCAUGUUGUAUGGGCAACACAGGCGACAAUAAUUGUUGGGGUUUAACAUCCCAAAACCACGAUAUGAUUAUGAGAGACGCUGCAGUGGAGGGCUAGGGAAAUUUCGACCACCUGGGGUUCUUUAACGUGCACCUAAAUCUAAGUACACGGGCCUCACGCAUUUUCGCCUCCAUCGAAAAUGCAGCCGCCACGGCCGGGAUUCGAUCCCGUGACCUUUGGGUAAGCAAUUGAGCGCCAUAACCACUAGACCACCGUGGCGGGUGCACUGCAGGAGAGGUAGACGGUCACAUAAAGCUACAACAAGCUGUCUACAUUCAAAGACAGGGAUAACGAAUGCAGUUAAUGUGCGAGCAGGCAAAGCAAGAAAGUUCCAAGGAGACGAUCAGUGCCAUCUGUCGCUUAAACCAUGGAAUAACGAAAGUAACCACCGUGUUCCUUUGGGAGUAUUUGCAGGGACAAGAAACCACUACCGCCCAGCGUAUUUGAUAUGUAAAAGCGCUACUGAGUGCAGCAUGCAGCCUCGUCAAAAUAAAACUAGUGUCGUGACUAGGGUGGCUAGACGUUUUAAUGCGAGUGUUGCAGUGCACAUCUCAAAAAAAGCCGUCUGAGUAAAAAUUGGGAAGAAAUCACUGCAUUUUCGCUCAUUUAUUUCCGAAACACUUCGUUAAAUCGAGUUCAGUGCUUUGGAAGCUUCGUCAAUUUGAGCUGAUGACAACAUUGGACCCUAUGGGUACCUGCCGGGGAAUGGAAAUUUCUUCGGUAGAGAAAUCCGUAAAUUCGGGUUUCGUUAGAUCGAGUUUUAACAGUAUUAAGAAAUUGUUAUACUGCCGUUAAUGCUACCACUUUGUUUUUCAGCAUGUGAGGAAGGCAUUAGAAAUGGGAGCUUUAAGGCUCCAUUCCUUUGUACUCAUAGUCAUACUGGGCAUGCAUAGGUGAUUUGAAUAUUCAAGAGAUCUAGUCGCUUAUAAUAUUAUAGUCCAAAUUCAGUUCCUAAACAAAGAAGGUACUGGUCAUGUGUUUUCAUAAAUGUAUAUGUAUAAACAUGUUAUGUAUUUACAAAAUAUUAAAGUAUUUUCUUAUGCAAAAAUACCAACCUGACAUUCCUUUACUUUGGUUGCAAAUGCAACCAAAAUUUCAAUGCUAGUGAGCACCAACUCACAUGGUCAUGCUCUCAUUCUGUUAAUCCCACAUGAGACAAAAGGAUCACAAUUUCAUGGAGGAUUUAUUUCAAACACCUAUACGAUGCCAAUGUGGUGUCUAUGCAUUCUCUCUGAAUCAUUCAUGCCAAUGAUAAUCAAGUCAUCAUCCACUCUAAGGGGAGGCAAUCGAAGUAAAAAAAAAAAAAAAAUAGAGGACCACCACACACCAGGUAAAGGGGAGGUGUACAGAGAGGUUAGUCAAGCACCCUGCCAUCAGUGACAUACGACAUGUGACAAAAAUAUAAUGUAUAUAAGCAGUAUGUUCCUUGUAAAUAUAUUGCAGAUGU